AUGAGGCCGCCGCCACCUCCAUUGCCGUCCCCGUGCUCUCCCGUCUUGGCCCUCCUCCUCGUCCUGCUGCUGGCCUCGUGCUCGUCCCCGGCAAAUGGGAGGGCUGCGCCGUCGUCUCCGGGUGCUGCUGCUGCGCCUGUCGCCAGGCACGUCCGCGCCGCCGACGCCGCUGCUGCCGGCGGCGCCAAUGGGACCGCCUCCGUUGCUCCGGCGGUGCCGGCGCCGCCUCCCGUCGUGAUCAUCGUGGAGCGGCGCCAUCAUUUCCACCGCGAGCUAGUCAUCGCCUCCGUUCUCGCCUCCAUCGCCAUCGUCGCGAUUAUCCUCUCCACGCUCUAUGCGUGGAUCCUGUGGCGGCGGUCUCGCCGGCUGCCCAGCGGCAAGGGCGCCAGGAGCGCAGACACCGCGAGGGGAAUCAUGCUGGUGCCGAUCCUGAGCAAGUUCCACUCACUCAAGACGAGCAGGAAGGGGCUUGUGGCGAUGAUUGAGUACCCAUUGCUCGAGGCGGCGACAGGGAAGUUCAGUGAGAGCAAUGUGCUUGGUGUUGGUGGCUUCGGUUGCGUCUACAAAGCAGUUUUCGAUGGUGGUGUUACCGCGGCGGUCAAGAGGCUGGAAGGAGGUGGCCCUGAGUGCGAGAAGGAAUUCGAGAAUGAGCUGGAUUUGCUUGGCAGGAUUCGUCACCCCAACAUUGUGUCCCUGCUGGGAUUUUGUGUUCACGAGGGGAAUCACUACAUUGUUUAUGAGCUCAUGGAGAAGGGAUCCCUGGACACACAGCUGCAUGGGCCUUCACAUGGAUCAGCCCUGAGCUGGCAUAUCCGGAUGAAGAUCGCACUCGACAUGGCCAGGGGAUUAGAGUAUCUCCAUGAGCACUGCAGUCCACCAGUGAUUCAUAGGGAUCUGAAGUCAUCUAACAUACUUUUAGAUUGUGACUUCAACGCUAAGAUUUCAGAUUUUGGUCUUGCAGUGACCAGUGGGAAUAUCGACAAGGGAAGUAUGAAGCUUUCUGGGACCUUGGGUUAUGUGGCUCCUGAGUACCUAUUAGAUGGGAAGCUGACUGAAAAGAGCGAUGUAUACGCAUUUGGAGUGGUGCUUCUUGAGCUACUAAUGGGAAGGAAGCCUGUUGAGAAGAUGAGUCAAACUCAGUGCCAAUCAAUUGUGACAUGGGCCAUGCCGCAGCUGACUGACAGAACAAAACUUCCCAACAUAGUUGACCCAGUGAUCAGGGACACGAUGGAUCCAAAGCAUUUGUACCAAGUGGCAGCAGUGGCAGUUCUAUGUGUGCAACCAGAACCAAGUUACAGACCGCUGAUUACUGAUGUUCUCCACUCUCUUGUCCCUUUAGUGCCUGUGGAGCUCGGAGGGACACUGAGGGUUGCAGAGCCACCUUCUCCAAACCUAAAACAUUCUCCUUGUUGAGAUGUCCUGAUCGGUCAAAGAUCACAGUUACAUGCUGAUGAACCUGGACAAUGUUUAUCAGUGACUUAUCACCCUAGUUGUGCGCCAGAGGAUGACAGUUCCAACCUGCCGCUUGCUGGUUGGAUGGAGAGAGAAUUCUGGUUUGAAAAGAGUUAUCUCCUAUGUCUUUGCUUGUACAAAGAAGUGAAAGAAACAACACUCUUUUCCUUAGAAUUUAGGGUCCUUCUGUACAGAUCAAAGUUUCUCCAACACUAUAACUUAAAGAAUUUGAGAAUGAUGUGCUUUGGGUUCCACAUGGGUACCCGAGCACUUUGGCUUCCUGCAAUAUUUUGCUUCUUAUUGUACUCUGAUAAAACUGAAUUUUUUAUGUUGUUAACUAGUGUGUUUUUCCCCCAUUA